AUGACCGAAUUCAAGAUCGACGAUUCCAAGGCCCCAUUCUACACCUCUGUCGACUCUGUCGACUCUGUCGAGGUAGACAAGACCGAGAGACAAGAGCAAAAAUAUACAAGCCUCAAGGUGGAUUGCUUAACCCAUGGGCCCAGCCAAGUCCCGCUUCUCGAUCGCGAAUUGCAGAAGCCACAGGCAAAAGACAUUAUCCGCACAUUGGCAACCGCACUGAAUGAUAUCGCCGAUGAGAAGAAGUGUACCAAGUGCACGGUGGAGAAUAUAUCGACUCUACUCACAAGCCACGUCCGGGAUCUCAGAGCCGCGAAGCGGAGUGGGACAUGGUCCAAAGAAGACAAGAAGGCUCUCAAGAUGGAGAUUAAAGGUCUUCUCAAGCCAGUCAAGAAGGAUGUGAAGAGCCUAUGGAAAGCAAAUUAA